GGGUAGGGGUAGUCGUUGGAGUUUGGAAAGUUGGCCUGGCUGGGUCAUAAUCUCGCCGGAAGCUGAUGCGAUCACGUGAGGGGAGAGGGGAUAUGAGAUCGAAGCGGGGAAGAAACACUCUCCAGACUCAGCAUCAUCGCAUCUCAGACGCCCGCAGACUCCAGCCAGCCAACCCGACACUUGGGCUCUGCGUACCAUUACCAUGGCUCCCAUCCCGCAAAACGACGCCGAAUGGGCCGAGCUGGUCGCCAGCGUCCAGAAAGACAUCCCAGUCCCCGCCGACUUCCCCUCAUACGCCAUCCCAUCCUCGCUCAACCGCACAAUCGAUCACACCCAGCUCUCCCUGACCGCGACUGCCCAACAAAUCGACACCCUAUGCCAAGAAGCAAUCACCCAUCAAUUCGCGACCGUCUGCGUCCGUCUCAGCCACGUCCCCCAGGCUGUGUCACUCCUCCAAGCACACCCCACCGUCGGCGUAGCCUGCGUGGUCGGUUUCCACGAAGGAACACACCCCACGACCUCCAAAACACAGGAAGCCAAACAGGCCGUGGAGCUCGGCGCGUCCGAGCUAGACAUGGUCCUGAACUACCCUCUCCUCCAAGAAGGGAAGUACACGGAGGUCUACACGGAUGUGCUGGCAGUGCGCGACGCAGCCCCCGCACCGACGGUGCUGAAGGUCAUCCUCGAGACGUCGCAGUUGACUCCCGAGCAGGUUGUCGCGGGCUCGGUACUGGCGUGCACCGCUGGCGCGGAUUACAUUAAGACCAGCACGGGGUUUAAUGGGCCCGGGGCAAGUGUUGAGAACGUGGCGAUCAUGCGCGCGGUCGCGAAUCUGGUUGGGAAGGGCACAAAGGUUAAGGCGAGUGGGGGGGUUCGGUCGAGGGAGGAUUGUCGGAGGAUGUUGCAGGUUGGGGCCGAGCGGAUUGGGAGUAGUUCCGGGGUGAAGAUUGUGGGGGAUGGUGGUGAUGUGGGAGGCGAUGGUAGCGGUAACUAUUGAGAUCCGAUCCUUAAGGCUGGGGGGGUUGUAUGGUCUGGUUGUUCGGCGAGUAUAUACAGCACAGCACAUAAUAUACACUACAGUAGUAGGGUGGUGGUGUUUCCUACGACCAUCGCGGUGGAGACAGCCGAAGGCCCGCCCCGCAGGCCGCAACUCCAAGGUGGAGCAGCACCACUAACACUAUAACUACUACCCUACAGUUUCUUCAGGAACAGAAGCAUUGAUACCGCACA